AGUAAUAAACCAGUACGCGCUCAGAACGGUUGUUUGUUUUCCUAGUCACAUACUUCUCACUGGCGACGAGUCGUAUUAAUUUACCCACGCGUAAAAUAAAAAUAAAAAAAUGUCUUAUUUGGGAAAUUUACCAAUUUACGAUCAUAAAACAUGUGAAUGGUCUAUUUUCAAGAGUCGUUUAACACAGUUUUUAAAAGUAAAUGACGUAUCGGAAGAAAAGAAAAGUGCUAUCCUCAUUACGCACCUCUCCGAUGAGGCGUACCGUCUAGUGCGAAAUUUAGCAUACCCCAAAGAUGCUGAUUCAUUUUCGUAUGUGGAGCUGGUUUCAUUACUCGAUAAUCAUUUUAAGCCAAAGAAGUGUUCAUAUACCGACAAGGCUCGUUUUUAUGGGGCUACGAGAACCCCAGGCGAAUCAUUAGGAGACUGGGCGGCGCGACUUAGGGGGUUGGCAAGUUAUUGCGAAUUCGGCGCGGCUUUGGAAACGAACCUUACGGAUCGUUUUGUCCUAGGCCUGGGCUCAGGUCCAGCACGAGAUAAGCUGUACGAGCAGGACCCAUCAAAAAUGAAAAUCGAUCGAGCGUUAGAAAUAGCCCAGCAGGCAGAGAGUGCGAGGGAGGCUAAGUUCAUGGAAGUUAGUGUUAAGGAAGAACCUGUGUACCGUGCCUCCUUCACGCUCGACGAUAGACGUGAAGCUAAUCGACGAGCGCGGACGAGUGAGCCAAGCAGUGGUUAUUCAGGGCAGCGGCAGCGGUCCCACCUUGGUGAUGGUCAAUCAGUUCGCGGGCAGCAACCACGUCGUGACUUCCCAAGGUGCUCGGUUUGCGGGUUAAGAAACCACGACGAAGAGAAGUGCCGUUACAAGGGCUAUCGCUGUCAGAAGUGCGGUGAAAAGGGACAUUUAAAAAAAGUGUGUGACAAAAAUGUGCAGAUCAAUAAUAUUUGUGAUGACCACGAUAAAGGUGUCGGCCACAUUCCGGAUCCUGACCAUUGUGAGGAAUGUCAUAAUUAUAGUUUAAAGUUCCAAAAUUAGUGUGGAGGAAUGAUAUGUAUGGCACUGUUUGUCCAUGCUGAUCGUGACAGUAAUAAACCAGUACGCGCUCAGAACGGUUGUUUGUUUUCCUAGUCACAUAC